AUGAAGUUCCCGAAGGUGCGUAUAGGUCAAAAUGACCCGUUCACGGUUUCAUAUUCAACAAACCAUUUGUUGUUUAUUGACGACCUGAAAAUAAUUGCUGAGAAAGAAGACACCGUUCUAAAAAUGAUGGAAGAUGUCGAUGAAUAUUUUGAUGCCGUUGGCCUCAAGAGGAACUCGGAAAAGUCUGCGACUAACCUGGACUAUGUGAAAGAUACAAAAUGUCUGGAUGGGUGUGCUGGGUAUCGAUACCUGGGAGUCUUGGAGGAUAGAGGAAGUGAUGUCAAGAAAAUCGAGGUAAUGAAAACAAUUGCUCGAAACGUGAAAGAGAGAAUCGAGAGUCUUGCAAAAACAAAGUUAAGUGCAGUAAACCUCUUUAAAGCGAUAAACGAAUAUGCACUCUCUCUCUACAACUACUAUAUCGGAUUGAUCGACAUUGAACCGAGUGAGUUUGAUGCCAUUGAUCUGGUAAUUCGUCGCAUUCUAACUACUUUACGAAUCCAUCUGAAGCCCGCUAAUAAAGAAAGAUUAUAUCUCGGCAGAAAUGGUUUUGGAAGAGGCUUAAUCUCAAUUUCCAAUAAGUGCGAAUGCAUCCUGCUCCAAUUUCUCUCCGACCUUGAAAGAAAAGCCUCGUUGUGCCUCAGAAGAGCAGGAAUCUUGCGGGUCUUGAGAGAAAAGAAAACACAUAUGACCACGAUUGCAAGAUUUCUCGCUCUCAAGUACAAUCUGGAAGACCAAUCAAAAUUGGAUGUAAACCUUAUUAAGGAGUGCCAGAAGAAAAGACUAAUGGACACCAUUAAAUCUAAGAUGAUACAUUCAACGCUGUUUAAAUGCAUUCAGGAACCGAGUGCUGAUAUCGUGGAGUCCAAUGUAUGGCUAGCCAAUGGGAACAAUGGCCCAAAGGCCGAGGCACUAUAUUGCUUGGCCCAGGAUCGCAAUUUGUUUUUCGGAGAGGCAAAGCCUAAUUGUAACCAUUGCGGCUCGGCAAGAAAAACCGUGGAUCACCUAGCUACUCGAUGUAGCAGAAUGCUUCACGGGUCAUACAUGCGAAGACACAAUGAAAUUGUCAGAUGCAUACAUCUACACGUCUGUCGUCAGUACGGAAUAAAGAAAUGCAAGAAAUUGAAAGCACACUCAGUCCAGUCGGUCGUGGAAAAUAGUCGUGUUGAAAGAAGAGAAAUCACUUACGUCAUUAGUAAAGGAGAACAUCCGCACAUUCUUCUCAAGGAACCUAUUCGCAGACUCAGAAAAGCCUACCUACAAAUCCCAAAAUGA